AUGUUCCAAUUUGUGAGCCUUGUUGUCACCUUUGGCCUGAUCAUUGGCACCUCAGAAUCACUGUUGAAUAAUGCUUUAAGUUCCUUGAAUAAUUUGAAAGUACUGGGUUCUGAUUCUGGGAAGAUUCUGAAUUCCCCCUCUGGAGAUGAUCUUCAGAAAGUGAAUCUGGAUGUGGGGUUUCUUCAGAAAGACUCAGACUGGUUAUCAGCCAAGAACAGCAUUGUGCAAACAGUGAACUCACAGGGCGUUGGCAAAUUAAACCUCGUUUCAUCUCUGAAUGGUUUAGGGUUGAAAAUCAAUGAAUUCAGACUCCUGGACUUGAAAGCUGAUCUGUCUUCAGAUGGCAAAGGCAUCAACUUGAGGAUGCCCUUGGCUAUGAGUGGCACUGUUUCUAUCCCUUUACUUGGCCCUCUGGUUGAUGUCGCUAUUUCCUUGGACCUCAUAACUCCAGUCAGUAUUCAAACCAAUUCUCAGACCGGCCUUCCCAUGGUAGUUGCAGGAAAAUGCUCUACGAGUGCAGACAAAAUCUCCAUAUCUUUGUUGGGCAGGCGAAGUUCCACUAUCAACACAAUUACUGACAAUCUAUCUGCGGUUGUCACAAAGCUAGUGUCAUACCUGCUGCAGAACCAAAAUAGUUAUGGCAACACAACUCAUGCACCAAUGGUGUAA